AUGGAUCCGUUCUGUAUUAGGGUUUACAACUUCUUUAAGAAUAUACACAAGGUGACAUGGGCCGCUCAUCCAACAUCUGCAAUCCCUAUUGCGCCAGAAGCCAAAGGAUUAAGUUUUCUCAUACAAAACUGCCGUAAAUUGGGUACUCUUUAUUUGAACUUCUGCAGCAGUAUAACAGGUAUUGGCUUUCUCGGGUGUGCACAUGCCUUAAAACAUCUUGAAGCAGCAGGGUGCAAACUUACACCACAGGGGAUUAACGCGAUUGUUAGUGGUGGUGGGCUUGAAUAUUUAAGUCUCUCAACGCCUUAUGAAUUGGCCAAGGCUGGAGAAGGAUCUAUCAAUACCGAAGCGGUUAUGACAAUUUCGAUAGGUUGUCCUUUAUUAAAGAAACUGGACCUUACAAAUUCUAUGGAUGUACAACUAGAAGGAUGGGAAGCUAUUGGACGGAAUUGCAAAGAGUUGGAAUCCCUUUACAUUUAUGGGUGCAAUAAGUUAUGUGAUAUCGGGUUGCAAGCUUUGUCUAACGGGUGUGACAAGCUUAGGACCGUAUCAGUGGACACUAAGAAUAGUUGUAGCACUGAUGCUCUCUGGCUUUUUAAGCAUAAAGUAGAAACUGGAUGUGAUGGCUUAUCAUGCCGGACAUGCAGAUUGCACUGGCCAGUGACGAUACCGGCCGAGGUGUUACCCCCUGAUUUAGUCACUCACCCGUGUACACUUGUUACCGAUGGACUGGCAAGAAUUAUGUUUCUCUUUGCUCCUGUCACUGUCAUGCGUUGCUUAGUGAUGAGUUUGUUUCCGAUGAUAAGUACAAACAAGGCUCAGACUAAAGACGAUCGUAUUUCCUUUGGAUUAACUUGUCGUCAAUGGCUUCAUAUUCAGAACAAUAAUCAAGAUUCUUCAUGCAGUAUAACCGGUAUUGGCUUUCUAGGGUGUGCACGGACCUUAACGCAUCUUGAAGCAAGCGGAUGCAAACUUACACCAGAGGGGAUUAAUGCAAUUGUUAGUGGCGGUGGGCUUGAAUAUCUAAGUCUCGCAACACCUUAUAAAUUGGCCAAGGCUGGAGAAGGAUCUAUCAAUACCGAAGCAGUUAUAACGAUUUCGAAAGGUUGUCCUUUUUUAAAGAAACUGGACCUAACAUGUUGUAAGGAUGUAGAACUAGAAGGAUGGGAGGCUAUCGGUCGGAAUUGCAAGAAUUUGGAAACUAUUCACGUAUUUGGGUGCAAGAAGUUAUGUGAUAUUGGGUUGCAGGCUUUGUGUGAUGGGUGCGACAAGCUUAGGACCAUAUUAAGAGACCAUGAGAACAGUUGUAUCUUUUUUGUUCCUGAGUUCAUUUUAAGCAGAUAA